UGCUCGGAGUGCUUGAGGCUGUGCAGUGGGGUUGCCCUCCUUCCCGGGGGCACUGCUGGGUGCCUGUGCCGGGAGCAGGCAGCCCUGCUGCAGGAGCUGAGAGCAGGGUGUGGGGGCACUGCUUUGGGGGUGAGCCAGGAGAGAGGGUGCUUGGCGGGGACAGGCACAAGCUGGUACAGCACCUGGCUGAGUGCUGGUGUAAUUUCCCUUGUUGCCUCAGAACGGCAUUUAGCUCUGUUUUCCCGGGGCAAACACUGGUGCUUUAAUGACUUUGCCCCCAUUCCUGGGAUUCCUGCAGUCUGAGCAGGUGCGUUACCUGUGCUUCGCUUCUUUACUUUGCCCUGGGAGCAACAUCAGCACAGGAUCUGCCCCAUCUUCUUACUCCAGUGUUUCCCUCCACAGCUUAACUCCACCUGGGUGCUUGGAGGGAGCACCUUGCUCCUGAGGUUUGGGCACUGGCAGCAGCAGGAGGUGUUAGGGCUGGACCUGCAGCUAAGAACAGACGCCCAAAUCCCACCACCACUCCUUGCAGCAGAGUUCAUGGCCUCAGAAUAAUCGGGUUGGCACUCGGCUCCGUGAUGCCAGAGCAGGGCGUGGAGUGAGGCUGGAGCUGUCUGUGUGCUUUUGGCACCCCCGGCCCCAGGGUGACCCGACAGCAGGGCUGUGCAGCCCUGAAAACCCCAGGCAGAACCAGACAGAGGUUGGUUUUGAAUUGGCUUGUGCCAUAGCAGCAGGGAAGCAGCCGGAUGCCCCCUGAGCCAGGUCCCUGCUUUUCCACAGCUCUCAGAUUGCUGGCGUGGCCGGGGGUUGUGGUGAGGAGCAGGGAGUUUUAGCCAGGUAGUCAAAGCCUUCGCCCUCUGCUCUCUAGCAAGAGGAGAGUACCUAUAGAAAUGUGCACUGUGCAAAGAGCUCGUCAGUCUGAUGGAGUUCGGUGACUCCUGAGGAUCUUUAGGAUCUUUAAUUCCUCUUUCAGAAGCUUUCUUGGUCUUAGCUCUGCUUCAUUUCGCAGCUUUCCCAUUUUAUGCUUGUUGGUUAGGGCUGGAGUGUGCUGCCAAAAAUCAUUUACAAUGGUUUUCUUGAGAAACAUUGAAAGUUGCAAGUCUGGGGCCGAAGCCCUGGCUGCUCUGCACAGAUCACUGAGUGGUGAAUGUGUUCAGAAGGGGAGCUGUGGCAGUUCCACUCGUGGAGCGAUAAGUUGGGGUGGAGCAGCUCCAUCAAGCUGCAUCUUCAUGCUUUGGCUUGGGGCUGCAAGGCGGGGUGCAGGAGCUGAUGGAACAGCGGGAUGCUUCCAAACAGAAUGUGCUAGCCCUUAGCUACGCAGCCACAAAGGACACAAACGAUGCUGCCUAUGUAACUGGAGCGCUGGAAACUGGCUUGCCUCGCUCCCUUGCCUGCCUCCCAUCAGCUCCAGUGCCGCUGGUAGCGGCAGUCGGGCUCCUGGCACCGGGGUAAGGCUUUGAGCCCACCCCUCCAGUCCUGGCUGGUGCCCUGAGCUCAGCUGAUGGGAAAUUGUUGCUUAGAGAACGUUUCCAAAAACCCUCUUGAAAUGCUUCAUUAUCUGAGGAAUUCUGUGAAAUACCCAGAAGGUGAUGAUGAACCCUUGGAAUGCGGCUGCCUAUCUGUAAAACCAUGCAGCAGAACGGCAUUUAGAUGAAUGCGAAACCUCGUUAAGGUUUCUCCUUUUCGGUGGGGUUUGGUGCCUGCAGGCCUGGGGUGGUUUGCUCCUCACGCUGGGAUGCACAGCGUGCUGCCAGGUGCCCCAUGCCCGCCUCGAUGCCCCCAGCACAGCUGAGGUUUGCCUGCUGCCUGCGUGCUGCCGUGUCCUAGGGGAGCCAGAGCACAGUGCUCGAUGUACAGGGCGGUUCUGGGGAUAAAAAAUUAAAAAAUAUUUUGCCGUGUGACCGCAUGAGGAAGGAUCUCCACAUCCAGACACUGCGGGACCCGCCAGAGCCGCAGCCUUCUUUCUCACAUGGUUUGGAAGCACGACUGGGUCUUUGAAGGAAGGCUUUCAGGUCUGCCCUGCCACCAGGCUCUCCCCCACCUCACUAACGGCUUCUGCUCGCUAAUUUGACAGAAGAGGCUUUGUGCCUCUUGUUUUUUAUCGAACAAAAAACAGGUGGCUGGGAUGCUGGGCGGGUUUCCUUGGCUAAAUGGGCGCUCCCAGGCUGACCUCUGCUCCUCUGUGUGGCUUCCAGCGCAUGGUGUGGUCGGGAGGCUGAGCUGGGAGAAGCUGCAGCGAGAUUUCCUGCCUUGCUGGACGUGGGAAUGCGUCCCUCGGGGUCUAUCUCCUUUCUGUGUGGGAUCCUUAGUACUUAAUAGGAUGAAGCGUCCAGUGCAAGAGUCCUCUCUGGUUAGGAUAUUUGUUGCUUCUCUUCUGUGUGGGCUCUCUGAAGCCUCACAAGGGGGUCUGCUCAGCCUUGAAUUCAAUUAGGGAGUCAGGCAAGAGUUGCAAAUCUGGUUAGUCUCGUUUGUUUCACUGCUCAUAGCUGCAUCUGAAGCAAACAUCUCCUGCACAGUGCAGAGGGGCGGCCUAGGGAGGAAGGAUUUCUCUGGGUUUCAGCUGAGACUGCAAGUGCUGCUGCGAGCUGGGGAAGGAUUUUGUCCCGUUUAGAGCAUGAGAUGGAGGGAAGGACUCCAGCCCGUCAGUGGCAGGACGUUGGUUUGGUGGGCAGCGUGCAGAUAGACAUCUGCGUUCCUCAUUGCAGUGACUUCUAUCAAAGGUCAUUAGCUGGUGUGAAUUGGACUCAGACAGCUGGUGGAUGGUGAGUGACAGACGCCGGGACGGGACGUGCCGUGGGGGCUGUCACACUCAGCCCACGGGACGAUUCCUGCUGGAACGCCCUUUGGUAACGCUGCUGUCUUCAUCUCAGCAUGAUCUGGCUGAACUUGCUCGGAGCUAUGAAGUGCUGUCUUUACGAAAGAGAAAUCGGGAGGAAAAAUACCUGUUUUAUCUUGGUGACCUGAGUUCUGUUUCUUCACCGAAGCUUGGAAUCUGAUAAAGCAUUCAUAUGCAUGGAUGCAUACAUGCCUGUCGUGUUUGUCUUCAAGCAUUUCUAUAGCUUUGGUAGUAAAGAGCUCUAAAAACCACAGAAGUUGGGGCAGGCGUUUUGUUGUUUAAUUUCCUGUGACUUUCAGUACUAGCUUUAGCUCAGGUUCUGUUAAACAUAGAAUGUAAGUAUUAGGAUGUUUACGCUGUCUAGCUCUGGUUCGGGCAAAAUCAGGAGUAGCAUUACCGAGGGGCUGGCUGCACGGUGGCAAAUCAAGUGAAGUCAAUGCCAGGUUAAACUGAAUGCCCUUAAGAACAAGCAGACCUUUGCUCUGCCCCGCUGCAGCUGUAUAUUUAGCCUGUAUGCCCUUUCCAAUUACAGCCAGGAGAAGACACCCGAGGAGGAAUGCAAGUCAUACCCGCCCAGAGAGCUGCCCUGGGAUCCAUCACAAAGUGCUUCUCGAGCCAGGAGCAGCGCCUUGGUUGCCAGGACCCUUAGGAUGAGGCUGCUGUGAGGAGCGGCGGAUCCCCUGCCCGCGCUGCCGUGCCUGCACACCCCGCGUCCCCCCCCCCAGCUGGAGCGCCGUCCGAGGGCAGAAUGACUGUUGGAUGGGUCCUGCAGCCCCCGUUCCUGGGGAGGACUUUGCUCCCCGUGCUGCUGCUUGCAGCCUCAGCUCACUGCCACUGGCCCAGCGAGCCGGCAGAAGUGGUGCGGGACUGGGAAAACCAGCUCGAGGCCUCCAUGCACUCCGUGCUCUCGGACCUCCGAGAGACAGUGCCGGCCGUGGUGGGGAUACCGGACAGCUCCGCCGUGGUGGGCCGCUUCUUCAGAGUCUCCAUCCCCACGGAUUUAAUUGCUUCCAAUGGAGAAUUAGUACAGGUCUCCGAAGCUGGGAAGGAGUCCUUGCCUUCGUGGUUACACUGGAAUGCAGAGAGCAGCUCCCUGGAAGGGCUGCCCCUCGACACGGACAAGGGCGUCCACUACAUCUCGGUGACCACGCUGCAGCCCUUCCCCAACGGCAGCUACGUGCCGCAGGCCGCCAACGUCUUCUCCGUGGAGGUGCACCAGGAAGACCACAGCGAGCCGCAGUCGGUGCGCGCGGCGGCCCAAGAGACGGGCGAUGCCGCGCCAUUCGUGUGCGGCGCGGAGGAGCCGGUCACCAUCCUGACCGUCAUUCUGGACGCCGAUUUGACAAAAAUGACACCAAAGCAGAGGAUUGAACUUUUAAACAGAAUGAGAAGCUUCUCAGAGGUGGAACUUCACCACAUGAAGUUGGUCCCCGUUGUAAAUAACAGACUCUUUGACAUGUCGGCCUUCAUGGCUGGGCCGGGAAACGCAAAGAAGGUGGUGGAAAACGGGGCCUUACUCUCGUGGAAACUGGGCUGUUCUUUGAGCCAAAACAGCGUCCCCAACAUCAGCAAGGUCGAGGCCCCGGCAAAAGAAGGGACUAUGUCUGCCCGCCUUGGCUACCCUGUUGUUGGCUGGCACAUCGCUAACAAGAAACCUCACCUCCCAAAAAGGAUGCGGCGGCAGAUCAACGCCACCCCCACGCCUCUGACCGCCAUCGGGCCUCCCACCACUGCUGCUCAAGAACCGCCCACAAGGAUUGUCCCCACCCCGACGUCGCCCGCCAUCGCUCCCCCCACGGAGACAACGGCCCCCCCGGUCAGGGAGCCCAUCCCGCUGCCGAGGAAGCCUACGGUCACCAUCAGAACGAGGGGCCCCAUCGUGCAGACACCCACGCUCGGGCCGAUCCAGCCAACCAGGCUGGUGGAAGGCACCGGGACGGUCUCCGUGCCGAUUCGCCCCACGAUGCCCGGCUAUGUGGAGCCCACGGCGGUGAUCACGCCGCCCACCACCACCACCAAGAAACCCCGAGUCUCCACUCUGAAGCCCGGCACGCCGUCCACGACGGAUUCCUCCACGGCGACAACGCGCAGGCCUACCCGGAGGCCCAAAACGCCCCGUCCCACGAAGCCUCCCAGCACCACCAGGUCCCCGAUCUCCAAGCUAACCACCGCCUCCCCGCCAACCCGAAUCCGCACCACGGCCAGCGGCAUCCCCCGGCCCUGGGAACCGAAUGAGCCGCCCAAGCUGACAAACCACAUCGACAGGGUAGACGCAUGGGAGGGGACUUACUUUGAGGUGAAAAUACCCUCAGAUACUUUCUACGAUAAGGAAGAUACCACCACUGACAAGCUGCAGCUGACCUUGAAGCUGAAGGAGCAGCAAAUGAUAGAGGAGAACUCAUGGGUCCAGUUCAACAGCACCAGCCAGCUCAUGUACGGCAUGCCGGACCGCAGCCACGUGGGGAAGCACGAGUACUUCAUGUAUGCCACCGACAAAGGGGGGCUGUUUGCCGUGGACGCUUUUGAAAUCCACGUCCACAAACGCCCGCAUGGGGACAAGUCCCCAGUGAAGUUCAAGGCCAGGCUGGAAGGAGACCACAACGCGGUGGCGAACGACAUCCACAAGAAGAUCAUGCUGGUGAAGAAGCUGGCCCUGGCGUUCGGCGAUAGGAACAGCAGCACCAUCACGGUGCAGGACAUCGCCAAGGGCUCCAUCGUGGUGGAGUGGACCAACAACACGCUGCCUCUCGAGCCCUGCCCCCGCGAGCAGAUCCGGACUUUGAGCAAAAAGAUUGCGGAUGACGCCGGGGGGCCGAGCCCGGCUUUCUCCAACAUCCUGCAGCCGGAGUUCAAACCUCUGAACGUGUCGGUGGUGGGCUCCGGCAGCUGCAGGCACAUCCAGUUUGUCCCCGUGACCAAGGACGGCAGGGUGAUCUCGGAGGCGACGCCGACGUUGGCGGCUGGCAAGGACCCCGAGAAGAGCAGCGAAGACGACGUGUACCUGCACACCGUCAUCCCCGCCGUGGUGGUGGCCGCCAUCCUGCUGGUGGCCGGCAUCAUCGCCAUGAUCUGCUACCGCAAGAAGAGGAAAGGGAAGCUGACCAUCGAAGACCAGGCCACGUUCAUUAAGAAGGGCGUGCCCAUCAUCUUCGCCGACGAGCUGGACGACUCCAAGCCCCCGCCGUCCUCCAGCAUGCCCCUCAUCCUGCAGGAAGAGAAAGCCCCGCUGCCCCCCCCGGAGUACCCCAACCAGAGCAUGCCCGAGACCACGCCGCUCAACCAGGACACCAUCGGGGAGUACACGCCGCUGCGGGACGAGGACCCCAACGCGCCGCCCUACCAGCCGCCCCCCCCCUUCACCGCUCCCAUGGAGGGGAAGGGCUCCCGCCCGAAGAACAUGACCCCCUACCGCUCCCCGCCGCCCUACGUCCCCCCUUAAUGAACGGGACGCUCUCGGGGGGAGACGGGGCCUCCGGUCCCACACCGGUGCCGCCUGCGGGCCGGCCACCCCCUGCGCCGGCCGGGAAGCCGAAAUCCCAGCCCGCUCCCGAGCAGGCCCCCCUCCGGCUGCGCCCACCGCGCCGGAGUGCCCGCGGAACCCGGGGGGACACUUGUUUUAUUUUUGCCUAACAAGCUUUGGUUUUAUUUUAUUCAUAGAAAAAUUCUCAGCUCGAAUCCGCCUUUCUGGCGGCGGGCUUCCGGGCACGGCCGGGGCCGGCGCGGAGGGCAGGGAGGGGGGGACGAGCAGGCAGCACUGGGGUGGCACUCUGGGUCUCCGCUGUUUGCCUUUAACACUAACUGUACUGUUUUUUCUAUUCACGUGUGUCUAGCUACAGGACGUAACAUGAAAGGUAGCCUAAAAAAUAAUUAAAUUCAAGGGACUUUCUGAAGUCGA